UCUCUUUUUCUCUCUCAUGAAAUCAUCUCUCUCUUAGUUUCAGAAAAACCACCGUACACCGCAGAUAUGGGGAAACACAUUCGAAAACCCAAAACUCCGAGCGACGUCGCCGUUAAGGAGGUCUCUCAAUCAUCCAUCGGCGUCCGCACCCGCGCCAAAACCCUAGCCCUACAGCGCCUCCAAUCCACCACCGCCGCCGCCGACGCCUCUUCUCCGCCGCCGAAGCAUGACUUCCUUGAGCUCCGGUCCAGGCGUCUCGAGAAACCCCCUCUGCUGAGGAAGCACAUCCAGAAUUACCGAAAAGCCCCUGCUCCGGAGCAGGGUUUCGUUUCGAGAGAUAAAGAGGACUCUCGAAACGGAAGUUCGCCGGAGAAGCCACCCUGUUGCGAGUCUGGGUUUCCAAUUGAGCCGUGCAAAGAAGUGGAUUCGGAAAUUGAGGCCUCCUUAGGGGAAAAUAAUUUGGAUUUGGAGGCUAGGGAAAGGAGCACCAGAGAAAGCACCCCGUGUAGUUUGAUAAGGGCAGGUGACGCCAUCACGGCACCCGGAUCUUCAACGAAGCAGAGAACUCCGAGUGCUGCCAACCAAAGGGUCCAAAACGCACUUCAAAAUAUGCCCACAGCUCGUGAAAUGGAGGAAUUUUUCGCCGAGGCAGAGCUGCAAAAUCAGCGCCUUUUUAUCGACAAGUAUAAUUUCGACGUUGUGAAUGAUAUGCCUCUCCCUGGACGCUACGAGUGGGUGAGGGUGACUCCUUGAGAGAAGAAUAAACUGUUUGAUUUUACGCAACAACCGAAUGUAUCGGAAGCUCACUUAGGAAGAAGGUAGAAUUACUAUGGUACCCCCCCUGCAACACUUAGUUGCUGCUGUAUAAGUGGAACAAGUACCAGUUAAAGAAAGUCUAAUUUUAGUGAUCUGUGUAGAAUACUAGGCCAGGAAUUUGCAGACUAACCAUUUAGAAAUUAGAAUCGCCGCACAGAAUGUAACAAUAGGCCCUCUCUCUCUCUCUCUCUCUCUCUCAUAAAGUUCCAUCCUUGUAAUUUGCAGGUAUUCAUAGUUAGGUACUAAUUUUUCGUUUUCUCGUCGGUUUGGUAUUUGGAACAGAUUGUAAGCAGUAAGUAAACUACUAUCCAUCUUUUACAUAACUGUUGGGUCGUCUUUGUUGCUAACGGGGAAUAAAGUUUGAUGUUCGUAUCACA